ACAAAUACCUGAAUUAGGAGGCGCGUCGCUCCUUGAGACCGCGCCCCGACCUCUUCUAGAUCCCUCGUUUCCGCGCCGAUUUUCGUGGCGGCGCGCACCUGCGUCCGACAAUGUGGGAGAAACACCGCCUCGUCCACGGCGACGACGACCUCGCCGAGAUCCGCCGGGCCAAGGUACUGGUCGUCGGCGCGGGGGGGAUCGGGUGCGAGCUCGCGAAGAACUUGGUCAUGGCGGGCAUUCAGUCGAUAGACUUGAUCGACCUGGACACCAUCGACGUGAGCAAUUUGAACCGCCAGUUUUUGUUUCGAAGGAGGCACGUUGGACAGCCCAAGGCGGUGGUGGCGAAGGAGUCGGCGGUUCGAUACGCGCCGGACUUGGGCGCCUGUCGGAUAGAGGCUCACUUCGACGACAUCAAGAGUCAGCAAUACGGAGUUGAUUACGUCGGGAAGUUCGACGUGGUUUUGAACGCGCUCGACAACCUGGAAGCGAGGAGACACGUCAACCGCGUGUGUCUGGCCGCGAAGACGCCGUUCGUGGACAGCGGCACCAACGGAUGGCUCGGACAGGUCCAGCCGUUUAUCUUCGACCGCACUGGGUGCUUUGAAUGCGAGCCGAAACCCGCCCCGAAGCAGUAUCCCGUGUGCACUAUCCGGAGCAGGCCGUCCAUGCCCAUCCACGCCGUCAUCUGGGCCAAGGAGCUGUUUUCGUCCUUGUUCGAGAGAGAGGACGGCGUGGCGGCGUUCCUGAGGGAGGGCGGCUACAACGUCCGUUCGAGCCGGGCUCAAGAAAUGCUCGAUCAAGACGAAAAAAUGCUCGAAAAAAAAAACGGCGUUUCGCGGAUAUUCCACCAAGUCUUUUACACUGACAUCCUGCACCUGGACCUGCUGUUGGAGAGCGAGGCUCGCGCGUCGCUCCCGGUUCCGUGCAGGGUGGCCGAGGCGAGCGACGAGCCGUCACCGGAGGUGCGGAUCGACCGCUCGCGCCCCUUCCCGGUUUUGUUGAUUCCGCAAAAGCUCCUGUCCACCGAGGGGCCCGUUCCGGGCGACCACGAGGUGUGGGACGUGGGCCAGUGCGCGAGGAUCUUCUUCGAGUCCACUCGCCAGCUGCUAGAGCUCGUGAGUCCGGCCUCGCGCGAGGGGAAAAGGGUCUCCUGGGACAAGGACCAAAAUUCGCAUUUGGACUUCGUCACUGCCGCCUCCAACUUGAGAUGCGCGCAAUUCAACAUGUCGAUGCAGUCCAGGUUCGACGUCAAGAGCCAGGCGGGACAGAUCGUCCCGUCCAUAGCCACAACCAACGCCAUCGUAGCCGGACUCGUCACCUUGGAAGCCAUCAAAAUCCUCACCAAGAACUUCGAACGCUGUCGCCAAACCUUCCUGACUCGCGUGGCUUCUAAGAAGUCCGGCUACCUGCUGACGUCCGAGCCGGACGAGAAAAACCCGGAGUGCGGCGUCUGCUCCAGACACUUCGUCUACCUGCACGUCGACACGGCCAAUUUCCGCCUAAAGGCGUUCGUCGACGUCCUCAGGGAGGAAUUGGACAUUUCCCAACCAAGCAUUUUGGUCAGCGACCACCUCAUCUACGAGAGCGGGGAAGAGGGCGCGGACGAAGAGUUCGCGCAGCUCCUCCAAAAGCCCAUCUCGCAACUCUAUAUGACCAACGGCGCGAUCGCCUACGUGGAGGACUACUCGACCGAUUUGAGCGUGCAAGUCGUCGUUCGCCACGCGGACCGAGAGACCGCCGACUCCAGCCGGGCCUACGCGCUGGAGGGCGGACGGCCGACUCCGCGCGCGAGCCCCGUUCGAGACGCGAGCGCGCCGGACGACGAGGGCGCCGUCGAGCUCGUCGACCAGGAGGACCCAGCAGGCGCGAUUUUAAUCGAAUAAGGAAGCCGCGCGGACGCAAAAAAAAAAAACACAAAAAAAAAAACAAAAAAAAG